AACCCUGACGAAAAUUCAUACAUCAAUUUUUAAUUCGUCUCCAUCGGUUCCUAAACUCUAAAGUUGACCUUAUAGUGGUUUCUUAAUCCAAAACAAAAUGUUUUACUACCCAAACGUCCUCCAACGCCAUACAGGAUGUUUUUCUACAAUUUGGUUAGCAGCCACAAGAGGUAUUCGGAUCACACGCAGAGAGUUUCUCAGAGUUAAUGUAAAGCGAACUUGCAGCGACAUUGUGGACUAUGUGACUGCAAAGGUUCCUUCACUGCAGCCGAACCAGCCCAGGCCUCGCUUCUCUCUCUACCUGUCAUCCCAGCUGCAGUAUGGAGUGAUAGUGGUCUACCACAAGCAGUGUGUCAUCCUGCUCGAGGAGGCCCAACAAACUAUUGAUCGCCUGCUGCGCUCCCAGGGAGCCAUACGUAUCGACAUGGCAGAAUCUGACAGGAUGGCCAUGGAAGUUCCUGACAACCUGCACAUGAUGGAAGAAGCUGAGGGAGCUCAGGACCCCUUUUUUGGUCUCAUGGAAUCUCACCAGCUACCCACCCCCUAUAAAAUACACCAGACUAAAUUUGUGACUGCAGAGAUGGAUUCUCAGCUCUCCUUGGUGUCCAGUCCCCAUAUCACACCUGAAAAAAAGGGUGUCAGUUCACCUCCAGCUCCCGUCAUCCUGAAAGAGAAGGAGGCAUUUGGCAUCGGCACUGCUGAGUAUUUUGAGGGAGAUGACCUUCCUGAAGCCACAGUCAGAGACAUUGAGUUGUUGAUGGAUCAACCAGACCAGUUCUGGAGAGCAGAGGGGCAGCCGACAGAAGAGGAGACCAGAGAGCAGGGAAUCAUUUCCUCUAUUGACCAGCUGAAAGAGACAACAUUUGGGACAGAGCGGGACAGUGUGUGGCUGCUGGACGAGGAGACGGGUCAGCUCGUGGGGGUUUCUGUGGCUGCUGCUCCCUCUGAGACGACACCUCCGCAUGUAGCAAUGCCAGCUCCACCCUGCGGGGCAUUUGUGAAGCUGCAGGAUGGAUCAACUGGAAGUCUCAAUGAAGAGGUCGGCGUUCCUCCUCUGAGGACGCAUGGCAGAGGACGUAAGCGUCAGCUCAUCUUUGCAGACCCUGAGGUCCAGAUAUCCAACCGUGUAAUGCUGGAGCAGAUUGAAAAUCCUCUAACUGGGACACAGCAGCUGUCUGAUGUGAUGCUGAACUUCUAUUCAAAAAGCAAGCGUGCCACCCCUGCUCAGCUCUUCAGCGCCCCCUGUGGAUCUCUCCUUCAUGAUGACCUCCUGUCGCUAUGGAAACAGCAGGCCUCACUCACUGUUCUGCCUGGCAGUAGGGCUGAGCAGAGAGCAGAGGGGGAGUCAGAGCAGGACAUGGAAAUACUGAGGGAGGAGAGCAAGAGGAGGCACUCUCGCAGGAGAGAGACAUCCAGUGAAUCAGCACUGCAGCCUGCAGAGGGCUUAUCUGUCUCCAACGUUAUCCUGGACAUGUCCAAGGAAGAUAAAUCAGGAAACGAUGUAAUUACCCCUGUCAGCACCAGAUGGUCUCCACAGGAGGACGUCCAGCCACCGAUGGAGCCUAUAGCUGAAGAAAACAUUGAGAUGCCCGAAGCUCAGACUGACACAGAGGACUGGAACAUGCUGAGCUGGAUCACCUCCCUGCAGACGCUUGAAAAGGUCACCUUCGACUCUCUGAUGCCCCCAGAGGCCGACCGCUCCACUGCAGCUUACACACUUUACAAACUGCUCGAGCUGCUGUCAGCUAGACAGGUGACUGUUUGUCAGACGGAGCCGUACGGCAUCAUCUUCAUAAAGCCAGCAGCGAUCAGGACGGCUGACUGAGCACAGCUACCAUCUCACACUCUUUUCCCAAAGAGUUACAGUUAAGAGUUCAUGCUUUUUUUAUCGAAAUUGUUCAAGGAAAACGAAUUCAACCCCAUCAGUUUUUAUACUUUUUGUUAACAAGAGUUCAAGUUUUUAUGCGUUUUCUUUACAAUCAUUAAGGAAAGGAAAGGUACUACUACUGCAGGACUUUUUCCUCACAUUUUUAAGAAUUUUAAAGGUUUUUUAAAACUUUUAAAGUGGUUUUAAUUUGAUCAUAUGGUAGUGUUUUUACAGAGUUAACAUACUGUAUUUGUUGGUAUUUUAUAGUCUUACUGAUGUCUGGACAAACCAAGUUGUUUAGAAAUGUUCUGUAUGAAUUUUGAUACUGUUGUAUGACUGUUAUUCCUUUAAAAUACUUAAACAUUUUUCUUCUGUAAAAACUGACCUAUAGUACCACAGUGACUUUAUAUGAAGCUUCGGACUGAAAAGCAGGGAAGUAAAUCCCAGUUUAAACCUGAA